UUGCCCUUGACGGUUUCUUCCACUCUACUUUUUUUCAACCCCCUCCCUCUACAUCUUUCACACCUUCCAAACCUCCCCCUCUACAAAAAAAAAAGUCCACCAACUCAUAUUUCAGUCUUGGACAUUUAGCUGGGCCAUUUGUGCAUCUUCCCUUUCUCUUCUACUCUAACAACACCUUCACUUCGGUCAAUCCUUCAAAAUGGCGGACGAGUUCGAGAUCGACAACCAGGGCGAUGCCGGUGCGUCUGCCACUUUCCCCAUGCAGUGUUCUGCUCUGCGCAAGAACGGUGCCGUCGUCAUCAAGGGCCGCCCCUGCAAGAUCGUAGACAUGUCCACCUCCAAGACCGGAAAGCACGGUCACGCCAAGGUCCAUCUCGUCGGUAUCGACAUCUUCACCGGCAAGAAGCUUGAAGAACUUUGCCCUUCCACCCACAACAUGGAGGUCCCCGUUGUCAAGAUCAAGCAGUACAACUUCUCCCACGUUGAGGAUGGCUUCAUUGUUCUCCACGACAUCAACACCAGCGAGGAGCGAAGCGACAUCAAGGUCCCCGAGGGUGAGAUUGGUAACAAGAUCGAGGCUGCCGAUGAGAACGGAACCCCUCUCAUCAUUACCAUUCAGUCCGCCAUGGGCGAAGAGGCCGCCAUCAAGGCCGACGAGCCUGCCCAGAAGGACUAAAUCUCCAGUUAGGGGACUUAGGACUCA